AUGGCAGAUUUUCGAUUUUCAAUACCAAAUCAUUGGCCACAACACGCUAUACAGUGUUGGCAGGUUGAUUGGGGCUCACCGUCUCAACCUGUGCCAGUGCAAGAGCAUUAUUAUCCUAAUGUGGGAAACUCAUGCAUGACAGAAACGUGCAGAAGAAAUCAGUCACAAGUCCUGCCAGUGAAUAGUAGUACUGUUCCUUAUGGUAAUUUCCAAUUACCUCACAUUGAUAAUCAAACAAGAUAUAUAAGAAGAGCAAAGCGCAGGAACAAACACGAAAGUUUACGAAUGGAACGUUUUAUGGGCGCCCCUAUAGUUUCAAAAUCGUUAUCCAUUGGUCAUUUUGGCUCUGCAUCUCCGUCUUUCGUUCAAAUAGGAACACAUCUUACUCUUGAACCAGUUGGUUUACCUUCGGAAACUCCAGAAAUGAUACCAAUACUUGUUGAGAAAGCAGCACAAGGUAUUAUUGAACUGGGGAAACAAUUAGGAAAAAGACGAAAAGCUGAAACAAUAGCAUUCAAACUCAGACAGAAGAAGGAUGCAGGAAUAGAAGAAAUAUGGAAACAAUGUGUUUAUUUCUAUACAUCGACCAAUUUCUUAUACAAAUCAUUGAAAUCAAAUACGAGAAACAUAGUAGAAAAAGAAGAUAGUUUAUGGAAAAGCUGCGUACCUACGUUACGCCCAUUUUGCUUGUUAUUACUAGAUAAUCCAUUUAAGAGAGAAAUGGCUACGAACAGAACGAUUUAUCGAGGUGCUUAUAUGCAACCUGCACAAAUCAGUCAAUACGAGGAAAUGGCUAAAGAUAAAACUCUCUAUCGAACAUUUCAAGCGUUCACUUCCUGCACACGCAUUCGUGACAACGCAGAGAUAUUAGGAAAUACGAUAUUCGCAAUGGGUGUGUUAAAUAAUGCUACUAUGGAUUUAAGUCCAUAUUCGAAAUAUCCAGAAGAACAAGAAGAACUCAUCAUACCUGGUGUUGGUUUUCACGUUAAGAGUGUAACAUUUGAUCAGAAGAAAAAUAGACAUCUGAUCAAUUUGGAAUUACAACAAAAAAUUCCCACCAAUAUCACAAAUACAAAUUCCUCUAUUGAACAACCGAAAACCACACCAACAACGAUCAAUACGAAUCCACCCGACGAACAACCGGUAGCAACUGUGCAUACGAAUGCUCCUCUCCAACAACACAAAACAACACCAAAGCCUGCAGACAUGAAUGUCCCUGUCGAAAAAUUGAUAAAUGCAACACCAACAUCCGUAGAUACCACUACUCCCGCGGAACAACUCGCAACGACACCAGCAAUCGUAAAUACGAAUCCUCCUGUCGAUCAACCCACAGCAACCGUGGAGACGAAUCCUCCUGUCGAUCAACCCACAGCAACCGUGGAGACGAAUCCUCCUGUCGAUCAACCCAUAACAACCGUGGAGAGGAGUACUCCUGUCGAUCAACCCAUAACAACCGUGGAGAGGAGUACUCCUGCCGAUCAACCCAUAACAACCGUGGAGAGGAGUACUCCUGUCGAUCAACCCAUAACAACCGUGGAGACGACUACUCCGGUUGAACAGCUCAUAACAACACCAACACCAGCGGAUUUGACCACUGCUAUCGAACAACCGGCAGUUUCAACGUCAGCACGCAUGAAUACGAAUCCUCCUGUCGAACAGCCCACAGCAACCGUGGAGACGAGUACUCCUGUCGAUCAACCCAUAACAACCGUGGAGACGACUACUCCGGUUGAACAGCUCAUAACAACACCACCACCCGCGGAUCUGACCACUGCUAUCGAACAACCGCCAGUUGGAACGUCAAGAUCGGUGAAUACGAAUCCUCCUAUCGAGCAGUCCACAGCAACCGUGGAGACGAGUACUCCUGUCGAUCAACCCAUAACAACCGUGGAGACGACUACUCCGGUUGAACAGCUCAUAACAACACCAACACCAGCGGAUCUGACCACUGCUAUCGAACAACCGCCAGUUUCAACGUCAAGAUCGGUGAAUACGAAUCCUCCUAUCGAGCAGUCCACAGCAACCGUGGAGACGAGUACUCCUGUCGGUCCACCCAUAACAACCGUGGAGACGAAUACUCCGAUUGAACAGGUCAUAACAACACCACCACCCGCGGAUCUGACCACUGCUAUCGAACAACCGGCAGUUGGAACGUCAAAAUCCGUGAAUACGAAUCCUCCUGUCGAACAACUGGUGACAACACCAAUAUCCACUGGUAACGAAGGGAACAUGCCUGAUUUCUACUAG